AUGUUCGUCGCCAAGGUCCUCGCUGGCUCGUAUACUGAAGGCAAGUCCAGUUAUCAAAGACCACCUUCAAAGAAUCCCGGGAAUCCCGCAAGUGAUCUGUACGAUUCAUGUGUGGAUGAAAUGUCCUCUCCAUCCAUUUUCGUCAUUUUUCAAAAUGACCAGUUGUACCCUGAGUACAUAAUCGAGUACUCCACAACUCCACUGGCAGAUACGGUAAUGGCAACGAAAGCUUUGAUAGAUGCUGUCAGCUUACUUUUUGGCCGGCGUAA